AUGAGUGAGCGGGCAGCGCAGUUAUGCCACGGGCAGACCACCAAUCGCCAUAGACAGAGCAGGCCGGUGGUGCUGGUGGUGCUGGCAGCGAAGUUGGGUGGUGAUGGAAUGGCUGAAGAGAAGUGGUGGUUGGGUUUGGCUGCUGGCGAUCAACCAGGGCUGCGCUCUUCCCAAUCCAGGCGCUGGGGGAAUGGGCACACACGGACAUACACCACGAGAGAAGUUAGGGAACGCUCAGCUUACAGCGACGGCAGACUGCAGAAUGCAGACCGCAGACCGCAGACCGCAGAUGAAUCGGAAUCGGAGAGUUUGGGGCUACCGACCGAACACAUCCAUGGAUGCACUGUUGACAAUUUGUGA